UAAUUGCAUUCGAAGAUGAUUGGUCAUACCAUUGUCCAACAAGCUGUUCGAAACUUGAUUCAUCUCAUACUUAUAUACACAAAUACAACUGGCUACAUGCAAUGCGGCAGAAGCAAACACGUCCGAUGCGGCUAUCGAUAAGCGCCGCGUUUCUUUGACCGGCUAUCAGCCUUUAUCGGCGCGAUUCUUUCUCUCCGCGCAUCGCAGCUCUUCCUCUCCAAUCUUCACAUACAUCAUCCUCUGCAGCUAUUUUGAUGGCUAUCCUAGAAGGUGCAGAGGCAUCUAUGCCUCUCUAUCGCCCUGCUAAGCCGCUUCCCUUCGAGCUGGUCCAGCACUCUGGCAUUUUCCUCGAAGAGAAGCUAUAUACACAAGCUCUUAACUUUCUAUUAGAAAUUCUCACUGCCGGUACCAUUGCUUCCACGCCAGCAUUCGUUCCACCUCCUCAGCACCUGGCUGUCGCCGCGACCUUCCUUGUACACCCCUCUACGACCACUCGCGCAAAGACAGCCGAGGAGGAAGAAGCCCCCAAUGCAUCCCUCCGUCUCCUCCGCCUCACAAACGCGCUCGUUGGGCCCAGAGCCGCCAAGUUCGGCCUCGCGUUCUCCUUCACGCACUUCGAAACAUCUCGCCAUGGCCGCCGACGUCGCGGGGCCGACGACGCGCCCACCUCGCCGGAUGCGACAGAGGAUAUCAUGACGCCGAUAAACCUCGACCUGGGGGAAUCACAAUCCAUCUGGUCCCGUGCGGAGGACUUCUGGCAUGCCGUCGGCUGGGCUUUCAACUGCUCUGUUCUACACCACGAGCGCUGGGAACACUGGCGGAUCUGGCUCGAGUUCAUGUGCGAGGUGCUCGAAGGUGACUGGAAUGAGCGACAUAAACAGUGGACAGAGAUCAAGGACUCCAGCACGAACGCCGUCGAGGUGAACGUUGCGAAGCGCAGGUCAAAGACCAGGGCCAAAGAGAAUGAUGCAGCCGAUCAGAUACUCAAAGACAGCCUCAUCGUGCGCUACAUCGAAGGCGCUAGCGCCACCUACGGCCGGAAUCGUCGAAUCGUGAAAUCUAUCUUCGCCGAUGGCCGGGCUACAACCUCCAACGAGUUCCGCGUGGUCUUUGAGAAUGAACUCAAGCAUGGCAAACACAAGAAGUCCAGCCACAAUAGCAAGAAGCGCGGGAUGCAGGUCAACAUCGACGCAGAAGAGUAUGGGGACUAUCUGACCGACGACGACGAGGACGAAGACAGUGUUGACGCCGACGAUACCACCACGACAGAUGACAUUAUUGUCGAAGACGCCGAGCCACGGCCGCAACAAGGACGCGGCCGUGGUCGUGGUCGCGGUCGCGGCGGCGCAGGGACUCCAGCCUCGUCGAGACGAGACGGUGGUGGUGGUGUUGCCCUCCGGCAAUCGAAACGAGCCCGACGAGGUACUCGCCCGCAAGAAACUCGCCCAGAACCCACCAUCUUCACCACUCCGGCAAAUUACCUGACGCCCGACAACUACGGCACGCCUACAGGCACGUUCAAAUACUCCGAUCCUACCUCUCAACGCUAUGUCCCGGACGACCAGAUCCCCCCCGGCCACCUCGCCACCAUGCACGCCGAUCCCUGCACCCUCGGCGGCAUGCGCUCGCUCACCCUCCGCCAGCGCCUCCUGCACCUCCUCUCCACCGUCUCCGAAACCAUCCCCGAACACUUCAUCCCGCUCGAAGAGCUGUAUCAUCUCUUCGCCGAGAACAUCCGCCACCUGCCCCUCCCCUCGUACCAGGCCUUCAUCAGCCCCACCGCCCUCCCGCACUUCCCCCCGGCCGCCCUCACCACCCUCUGCGAGUACCUGCUCUUCCGCAUGCGCGAGUCCGCCGCCCCCGACACGGCGGACGAGUACCUCAGCCAAGCGAAGCUGGAAUACUGCUUCCUGCCCUACGGGGCGAACACGAACUCCCCCGCCGACAACGCCAAGAUCUCCAUCACCCUGGAGACGCUGAUCAUCCUGCUCGCCGACAACGACAUGCUGACCGUGACCCCGGCGCUGAAGGAGGCCGUCGGCGAGGGAAUCAUGGCCCGCGAGCAGCGCCCGAUCCACGAUGGGAGGAAGAAGCGCGAGGCCGACCUGCAUGCGGGCGACAUCGAGUGGGCGUGGCUGUUGGAGAGCGGGCGGAGGCUGUGGUUCCUGGUCGAAGAGAUCAUUCCGCUGACGCAGGGGAAUGAGGAUCAUGGGAUGACGGUUGCCACGGUUUGAAAGGCUUGGUUCCCAGCGAGAAGACUGAUUGUGGGUGGUGGUCCUAAGCGUUUGCAUCUGCGAGUCGGGCAAUUGUAAUUUGUCUUGUCGUGCCUAGCCUGUGUUUGUUGAUCGUGUUUGUCUCUUCUUCUUGUUGUUGUUGUCUUUUAUAUUCCGGGCGAAUUGACCUAGGAAGUGCUUCUUCUCGAAUAGUCGGAUAGAUACCCUGUUGUUGUGAUUGUAGCAGAGCUG